AUGAGCUCGUCGAACGGCAGCCAGUGGCCACCUAGGCGGCCGUCGAAACGGAGCAAGCUCCGAAAUGGCACUUUCAUCGUCCCGGGCACCGGCGAACGCAGCCGCCGUCAAUUUUCCCUUCGCGGAUCGAGCAUCGAGAUACCCCAGCCCGAGGUGAACGGAUACCGAUCCCUGUUGACCGCCGAGUCCGCGGGCGAGUCCAUUGAUGUGGUUAAACAUAACAUCAAGGCCACCGCCCUACACUUCUGGGAUUGGCUCCUGUCCCCGGCAGGGAAGGGCGUGGUGAAAUGCACCGUCGCAUACUUGCUGGGAAGCAUGGCGACGUUCCUCUCGCCCAUUUCGACCUUUCUGGGCAAGCCCGAUGGAAAGCACGUUGUCGCGACGUUGACGGUCUAUUUCCACGCCAGUCGCACGUGGGGUUCCAUGGUUGAGGCUGUCGCCAUCGCCACCAUCGCCGUUCUGUAUGCAGAACUUGUGUCCGUGCUCGCCAUGGCCUUCUCUGUCGUUGUCGGAGGGCAGCUCGGUCUCAUUCCGUUGUCGCACGUUCUCAUCUUGACGUUUUGCAUCGGUGGCGGCAUGGGCUUCAUCGGAUGGGUGAAGCAAAGGCUGAACAAUCCACUGGUCAACGUGGGCUGCACGCUGUCCUCAAUCGCCAUCAUCGCCGUGAUCACUAGAGAGGAGGCCAUCCAUGAGGGGCAUUUUUCCGAGGCCAAGAUUGUGCAAGUCCUGAAGAUGCUGGUCAUGGGUAUCACCAUCACCGCAACAGUCAAUUUCCUCAUAUGGAGGGUAUCGGCGAGGGCGCUUCUGCGCGCCUCCAUGAAUUCUGCCGCCGUCUCGCUUGCGGAUAUGCUGUCCAUGAUCACGCGCGGCUUUCUGAACGGCUCCGAAAGCGAGAUCAUGUCGGGUGAUUUUUCUCAGGUUGCGAGACUGUACAAAACCACGUACGGUAAGAUGACGAAGAGUCUUAGAGAGUCCAAACUGGAGCACUGGGUCCUGGGUCGCGAGAAAAUUUACAACCUAGAAAAGGCCCUGGUGAAAUCGCUCGAGUCACUUUCGCAGGCUAUAGGAGGCCUGAGGAGUGCUGCCAACACGCAGUUCACCCUACUUAAGGAAAUGCCGCAGGACCCCAUGGCCGGACAGUUGUCUCCUGGGAGCACAGUGUUCUCUCCGACGCUAUCUCGUGCUAUGUCUCAAUAUCUUAAGGGGGCUCGAGACCGGUUUGCGACCUUGGCAUCAAUUGAGGAGGACGACGAGAUCGACGAUUUCGACAGCCAUCCAAGCCCUGAGGAAACGCCAGAUGAGCCGCCGGCGCCGCUACCCACGUUCCGAUCGCCCUCAGAGAUCUUUGAGCUCUUCAUAGCGCUGCUGGGCCCCUCGAUGAAAUCUUUGGCAUACACCCUCUCAGAAAUCCUGAGGGAACAAGCUUUCGCCAAGGGGGCAGAUUCUACGAUAACAGUCAACCCUCACUUCAAGCACAGCUUGCAGGAUGCCAUGGCGUUGUACAGCAAUGCGAGGACCCAUGCCUUGCAAGAGCUUUACAAUAGUAUCGAACUGGGCAGAGCAAGAUCGGAGAAGAUUCAGGCAGAUAUCGAAGAGGUCGCCGCCGCCUGCGGACACUUCAGUUUCAGUCUGCAGCAUGUCGCCGAGGACAUUGAUGCUUAUCUGACAGCUCUGGAAGACUUGAAGUACGCCCGCGAGACGGGUUCCCGCAGCUGGAACUGGCUCAGGAUCUGGAAUUACUUUUCAUCGCCCACAAAACCCAGGCAAGCUGAUCCUAAUAACUUGGACACCGAGCGCUUGUUGCAACAGCCAAUGGAACCCACCGAGCAACCUGUGCGCCCCAUCAGGAAGUCGGCCUUGCCGAGAGGAAUUCCAGAUACCAUGAUCAAGCAAAGGGAUACCUUCAGCUGGAACGCCGCGCCCAAUGCAAGUACCAUCAUGAGGUUUAUGUCGCAGCAGCUUCUUAGAUGUCUGAGAGUCUUAGCCCGCGAUGAUAUUCGAUUCGGUGUUAAAGUAGGCUUCGGUGCCAUGGUGUGGGCAGCCUGUGCCUUCAUUCCGGCAACAAGACCGACGUAUCAACACUGGCGAGGCGAGUGGGGCUUGCUUUCUUUCAUGAUUGUCGCGUCCAUGACGGUGGGAGCGGCCAACACCACCGGAACUGCGAGGUUCAUCGGCACGAUUGCUGGGGUCACCUUUGCUCUCACAGCCUGGGUCAUCAGCCAAGGAAAUGGCGUGGUCCUCGCGUUAUUGGGCUGGAUGGUCAGCUUUUUCAGUUUCUACAUGAUGUUGGUCAAGAACAACGCUCCCUUCGGCAGGAUUACGCUUCUUGCAUGGAACGUCACUGUUCUCUAUGCAUAUUCGUUGUCGCAAAAGGUGGAUGAUGACGACGACGACGAGGGCGGUUCUAAUCCUCUCAUGUUUGAAAUCUGCUACCACAGAUUCGUUGCCGUCUCGCUGGGAAUCCUCUGGGGCAUCUUCGUGUGCCGGGCGAUCUGGCCCAUCUCAGGCAGGAAGAAGUUCAAGGAGGGUCUAUCAGUGCUUUAUCUCCAGCUGGGACUCAUCUGGAAAAGAGGUCCGCUGGCUAUACUUCUGAGGAGCGACAACACAAGGUCGUAUAUGAAGGCAGGCGAAGAACAAGCGCUGCAGCGCUAUGCCUUCAAACUCGAAGCUUUGCGUAACUCGGCAAAGAGCGAAUUCGAACUUCGCGGCCCCUUUCCCGAUGCCGCCUACGCCCGCAUCAUGCAAUCCACCGGCAAGAUACUGGAUGGUUUCCAUGCCAUGCGACUGGUGACCUCUAGAAGAGGUCAAUUGUCCGCUGGUGAGAAGGCGCUGCUCGAAUACACGGCGCCAGAGCGCGCACAGCUUUGCGACCGCAUCUGCCACGUAUUCCAAGUGCUCGCCAGUUCCAUGAUGCUCGAGUAUCCGCUCACCGACGCGAUUCCUUCGGUCGUGGGCAACAAGGACCGGUUGUUGGGCAAGAUUUACCAGUUCCGCAAAGACCACCAGCCGCCGUCCCCUAGGAUCGGAAACGGCGAGGGGGAGGAAGAAUCGCAGGGCGACAGCAACGGAUACAACAUGCAGAUUGCGAAGAACAACGUGGUCGUGGAGGAGAAGGACUACGCACUGUUGUACGCGUACACCCUGGUCACGGCCCAGGUCGCGCAGGAGCUGGAGUAUGUGCAGAGGGAGAUUGAGAACUUGUUUGGCGUGUUGAACACCGAGGCGCUGUUGCUGCAGUAG